CAGGAAGAACCUGCAGGAGCCCCAGACCAGGACCGAUCCAGACAGGACCGAUCCAGACAAGGACCGAUCCAGACCAGGACCGAUUCAGACAGGACCGAUCCAGACAGGACCGAUCCAGACCGGACCGAUCAGACAGGACCGAUCCAGAGCAGGACCGAUCCAGACCAGGACUGAUCCAGACCAGGACCAGUUAGCGAGUAUUUUCCAGGAUGUGGGUGUUUCUGAUGACGGUCUGCCUGCUGGAUCAGAACCAGGCUGCACCUUUUCCAUGGGAACGCAGCAGCCUUCAGCCCGCUCUUCAGCAACAGCUGGACCAAACAGCCCCUUCUGCCGCUCCUGAUGUUGGUCAACAGAAAACAUCCUCCUCUUCCUCUUCGUCAUCAUCGGUUUCCUCCGAGUCGAGCCAGAGUUCAGAGAGUCGUCAACAGCUGAGAGAGCAACAGCAGCUGGAGAACACGGCGGUGGAGCAGAUGGACUCCUCCCAGGAGAGCUCUCCCAGCAGCACCAUCAGCGGUCUGUGGCUCAAUGAGCUGGUUUCAGUGGGAGAGAGAGCGGCGGCGAGACGGAGACGGAGACGCGGAGACGACAGCGUGGCGAGCAGAGAGAGCCGACCGCGGGCCCUGAUGACCUCCCUUCACCUCCGGGGUCGACCUCGAGGACUCAGGCUCGCUGCAGGUGAAGCCGCCGCCGGGCCGGGCGGGGCCGUCACAGCAAGGGGCGGGGCCGAGCGAGAGGAGGGCGGGGUCACAGGGGAAGAGAUCGACGCCGAGUUUCCUCGACUGCCGGGCGGACUGACCUUGGACUCGCCGGGCCGCGCCCACCUCCACGGUUACCAUGGAAACGAGGCGGGGCUAGAGCUGGGGCUGUGACCGAGGCCACGCCCCUCCUGUCCUGUUGACAGCUAUCAAUCAGUAAUCAAU